CCCGCGCGCCGCAGAGGGCCGGGCGCCGCUGGCGAAGGCGCCAUGAGGGUCGCGCCGGGCCGCGCCAAGAACCCGGAACCGGCCGCGCCGCCUUUUGCUCUGUCCAGCUACCUGCUGGCUAAUUUAAAGGCUGACUGUCUGAACAAGCCUUUUGCUCAGCGGUGCCAUGACCUCACGACAAUCAUUGAAGAUUUUCCUGCCAAGGAACUGCACGCCAUCUUUUCUUGGCUGGUAGAGAACAUUUUUGGCAGUUUCGAUGGCAUCAUUUCCGGGUGGAACCUCCGCUGCCUACAAGGCAGGACAAACUACACCGAGUACAACGUCGCGCUGGACUUCCUGUCCCCCGGAGGCCCGAUGAUGAAGUUGGUUUACAAGCUCCAAGCCGAGGAGUACAGAUACGAGUUCCCCGUCUCCCACCUUCCGGGCCCAGUGAAGACCUCAAUUCAAGAGCGGAUUUUGCCAGAAUGUUCUUUAUAUCACAACAAAGUCCAGUUCCCUCCCACCGGGGGCCUGAGUUUGAACUUGAUUCUCAAUCCGUACGAAUAUUACAUGUUCUGCUUUGCCAUCAGCCUCCUUACCCAGAGGGGCCUCUCCACCACCUGCCCCAUCAGCAUGUCGAACAGCGCUUACUUCAUCCUGGUGGACCGGUACUUGAAGUGGUUCUUGCCCACAGAAGGGAGCGUCCCUCCCAUCCCUUCCUCGGAGCCCGGAGGGGUGGUCCCUUCACCUGCUCCCCGCUCUCCCACAGUGUCUUUCACCUCCUACGGGAUGCACCCCGCCAGCCUCCUGAAAAGGCACGUGGCUCACCAGACGAACGCAGCGGACCCCGCUUCCCAGGAGAUCUGGAGAUCGGAGACGUUGCUUCAGGUCUUUGUGGAGAUGUGGCUCCACCACUAUUCGCUGGACACGUAUCAGAAGAUGCAGUCUCCCCACAUCAAGCUGGAGGUUCUCCACUACCGGCUCUCUUUAUCCAGCAUCCAUCCUGUCCAAUCCAGCCACCAGGCCCUCCAUACAUACCAAGAGCCUUUCAAACCCACCGAGGAGCACGUCUUGGUUAUCCGGUUGCUUCUGAAGCACCUCCACGCCUUCAGCAACAGCGUGAAGUCAGAGCCGAUUUCUCCUUCAGGGCACUCCCACACCGCCAGCCCACUAGAGGAAUUCAAAAGGAUUGUGAUCCCUCGGUUUGUCCAGCAGAAACUCUACAUAUUUCUCCAGCACUGCUUUGGUCACUGGCCUCUGGAUGCAUCUUUCAGAGCUGUUCUGGAGAUGUGGCUGAGCUACUUACAGCCUUGGAGAUACGCACCAGAGAAACAGCCGCCAAGCGUGGAGGCUCCACCCCGGAGUGUCUCGGAGAAAUGGGAGCCUUUUGUCCAGGAGAACCUGCUGCUCUACACGAAGCUCUUCGUCAGCUUUCUGAACCGAGCUCUCCGCACUGACCUGGUCAGCCCCAAGAACGCCCUGAUGGUCUUCAGGGUGGCCAAGGUGUUUGCUCAGCCCCGCCUGGCUGAGAUGAUCCAGAGAGCAGAGCAGCUCUUCCUGGAGGCCGACCUGAGCCUUCCCCACCGCCAGCAUCGCCUCUUCCUGACUCCCUCGCUGGGGGGCAGCUUCCUGUCCGGCCGGGCCCCCACCAUCACGGACGCCUCCUUCAAAGUGAAGAGCCACGUCUACAGCCUGGAAGGGCAGGACGUCCAGUACAGGCAGAUGUUUGGGACGGAAGUCAGAAACCUGGUAGGUUGGUUGGCGCUGCUGAGUGGAUUGGGCGGACCCUCCAUCGAAGGAGCGGGGGCCCUCUGGCUAAAAGCUGGGCCUAAUUCGUGUGUAAUAGAGGGGUGUGUGUCCGGUUUUGACCCUUGCCAGGUGAACGAAGCCCAGCUGAGCCAGCUGAUCUUGACCAGGGGAGGGGCUGCAGAGGAGAACGGGAAGAAGCUGCUGCCAGACUGCAUUGAGGACGAGGAUGGGCUAACACUCACGCCUCUUGGGAGGUACCAGAUCAUCAACGGCCUGCGGAAGUUCCAGGUGGAGUACCAGGGAGAUCCAGAGCUUCAGCCCAUCCGGAGCUACGAAAGCGCCACCCUGGUCCGUCUGCUUUUCCGGCUGUCUUUGGCCAUUAACGAAUGCUUUGGGAAUCAGAUGGAGAGGCUCUGUGCCAGAGAAGAUUUCCUUGGCGGUUUCUGCCGCUAUCACCUUACCAACCUGCCUCUGGUGGCCAAUUCCCAGCGCAGCCCACACGCCAAGUGGCAUUCGGGCCGGAUUCAGCAGCCGAGAGUCAGGCUGAGGUUUCUGGCCAGCUACAGGACUCUCUUCUCCGUGCUGAUAGUUUACUUCGUGGGCUCCUGGUUCUGCCUUGGGCCCGUGGCCUGCACCUUCCUCCUCCUCUUGGGAUACCUUCUCUUUGCCUGUGGGAUGACCGUCUGGACUGAGAAAAGGCAGCUGCAUUGAGGGCAGACGUUGCCCAAGUGAGCCCUGCCUCCAGCCGGGGGUGCAGACUCUCCUGGGCGCUGAAGAAGAUUUUUAAUCGCGCUUCGCAGAGGGUAUAAUUCUGUGCCUGUCAACUGUUGCUGUGUAUACAUUCUAUUUUGAUAAAGCUUUUUUAAAAACACA